AUAACGACUACUCUAUUCCGAAAAUAAUCAUAUCAAUCAUUAUGAUUAUGCAGUGCGUAUAAGGUUUUAAUUUUAGUUAGACAUUUUGCGUGUGCCAGCACUGGUUUUUAGCUUGUAUUGUUUAAUUGGAUUCUAAACGUUAUAGUAAUGGAGUUGUCUCGAAACAAGAGUUACGUGCAUACACCCGGUAACGAGCCCUUCAUUGGUUUGACGAUGUAUGAGCUGCUUAAAGUAAGAGUAGAAAAACAUCCAGAUAGGGAAAUGCAUGUUUUUGUUGACGACAACGAAAGGAUCACGUUUGCGGAGUAUAGAAGAAAGAUUAUUGAUCUUGCUGCUGGAUUUUUGAACAUUGGGUUUAGUAAAGGGGACUGUAUAGCUGUCCUGGGUGGUAACCACAUGGAAUGGCCUUUGAUUAUUGGAGCAGCUCAAUCCCUGGGAGUAAUUGUAGUUUGCUUGCAGAUUGGCAACACACUUAAAACGCUGAAGGAAAUACUGUUAAAGACAUCUUGUAAGGCACUUUUUAUAACUCGCAGUCCUGAAACCCUUUACUCAGAUGUAUGUACAAUGAUAGCGGAGCUAAAUACUAGUACAGUUAAUAACCUACACUCGAUUGACAUUCCAAAUUUGAAAAUGGUCAUAGCCGCUGGUGCGAACAACCAGAGUGGAACAAUCUCUUUUGAAUGUAUAUCUGUUCGUGGAUGUGAGGAAAAAGUUUGCGAAGCAGCUCGAAAGGUCACAAUUGAUGACGUUAGUUUUAUGGCCAUGACAUCGGGUACCACUGGGAUACCAAAGUUAGCGGCAUAUUCAUUUUUUCAAAUGAUAAAUGGAUCGGAGAUGUUGCCAACAAUUUUUGACAAUCAGGUCAACAUAUUAGCUUGUGCGGGCAACACAGCGUACGCUCCAAGUUUUCUUUUUGGUCAUGUUGGUCCCCUAGUAUUAGGAUCGACAUCUGUGUAUCCAUCACCGAUGUACUCUUUUGAGAAAUUUGUUCAGGCUGUUCAAAUUGAAAGGUGUACCUCUUUCAUGUUAAUGAUAAAUGGUAUAAUUGAUCUGGCCUACAGCCCUAUUAACGAAAAGUAUGAUUUAUCGUCGUUAAAAGCAGGAUUUUGCGGAGGGUCACUUAUUCCUGCGGCUGUUGUCACUCACUUGAAGAAAACACUUGGCAUUUGUGCGCUGAUUGAUUACGGACAUACCGAAGUAAAUUCUGUAUGCUGUUUACGAGUAGACGACAAGCCAGAUACUUAUACAACAGUUGGUAAACCGUUUCCGCACGUCGAGGUUCAAAUCGUUAAUGAAAGUGGGAUUACUUUAGAAGUUGGUAAAACAGGAGAAAUUUGGGUCCGCAGUCCAUUUGCUUUCAAAGGCUACUAUGAUGAUGUAAAGAAAACAAAUGAGGUAGUAACCAAAGAUGGUUGGUUCCAGACAGGAGAUCUCGGUAAACUUAACUCCGAAGGAUAUCUAACAGUAGUUGGAAGAAUUCAGGAUAUAAUAAUCAAGAAUGGUCAAAAUAUACAUCCAUCGGUGGUAGAAAUUGUUCUUUCAAGUCAUCCAUCAGUCAAAAAAGCAAAGGUUGUUGGUAUACCUGACUACAGAGUGGGAGAAGAUGUAUGUGCAUGUGUAGUAGUACAUGGGUGUGAAACUGUUAAUGAAGAGGAUAUACACAAAUACUGUGUAGAAAAGGUUCAAAAAUCUUACAUACCGACAUAUGUUUUGAUGUUCGACUCUUUUCCUUUGGGAAUAUCAAGAAAGGUGGACCAGAGGAAAUUGCAAAAGAUGGCCAUUGCUCGAAUCGACAUACCUGCUGCACCUUAUGCCGAUGAUUAAUAAGAAAAUAUUAUGCAUUCUUUCGACACCAACUAUAUAAUUAUUAACAUAAUAUAAUAUUUUGUUUUUACUAAUAUUCAAUUAAAUAUACUAAUUAAUCUUAAAAUUAUGCUAUUUAGAAUUUACUAUUUUAAAAUAAGAGGAUAAUUCUAUAUAGGUCUACGGCGCGAUCUACAAAUUAUCCCCAACGACAGAAGCGCGUCUGGGAAAACCAUGUAUUACAAACGCGUCUGGGAAAGCGAUCGUCUAAUUAUCGUGCCUCAUGAAUAUUAAUAAGCUAGCCGAAAUAUGUCCCAGACGCGUCUAAACGGGUUUGUGCUGUUGAACGCGUUUGCCAUUGUUUCUAUUGUUUUGGGCGACAAACGCGUCUGUGUCGUUAGACC